UCAGGCUUAGAAUUGGAUGUUGAUCAACUCGUUACACACACGCCAUAUAUAUGUUUUAUACAUGUAUGAUAUGUAUAUAAAUCAUAGGGCGCCAGCCACCAUCCAUCAUCAAUCUCAUCAAGACCACAACCCGGCCGGCAUUCAUUCUCCUCUCUAGCCAACUAGGGUUUCACAGUUAAAGGCUUCUCUCCAGUUCUAUGCUGCAGCAAAUACAUGUGUUAGAAAGAAUGGCAUUUAAGGGUUUGAAGAUACGAAGCUAUAAAGCGCAAAUCGACAGAGACCGAGUGGAAGAGCUUGGAAGGCGAUGCGAGGUAGGGCCGGCCGAUCAACGUGUGUUCUUCGUGGAUACAAUGGGUGACCCCAUUUGUAGAGUUCGCAACUGUCCACUGUACAAAAUGCUGGUGGCUGAGCUCCACAACGAGAUUGUUGGUGUCAUUCAAGGCACUAUAAAGGUGGUCACGCUUCAUCACCGGCCAUCCAAGGACGGCGCCAAAGUGGGUUAUAUCCUUGGCCUAAGAGUCUCCCAUUUUCACCGCCAAAAAGGGAUUGGUUCGAGCCUGGUUCAGCGUUUACAGGAAUGGUUCGUCGCCAACCAAGUUGAUUACGCUUACAUGGCCACCGAGAAAGACAAUCUGGCCUCGGUUAACCUCUUCGUGAACAAGCUCGGAUUCGUCAAGUUCAGAACUCCGUCAAUUCUGGUCCAGCCGGUUAAAACCCACUCCGUUUAUAAUCUGUCGCCAAGCGUUGAGAUUGCUAAGCUCAAGAUUGAACAAGCCGAGUUUCUGUACAAGAAGUUCAUGGCUUCGGCCGAGUUCUUCCCUCAUGAUAUAGACAAAAUACUUUGCAACAAGCUCAGCCUGGGGACUUGGGUCGCCUACCCUAAAGGGCAUGCAAAACUUUCGGAAUUCGGGUUGAGAGGGAGAGUUCCUAGUAGCUGGGCCAUGCUGAGCGUUUGGAACAGCGGCGGCCUGUUCAAGCUGAGGAUGGAGAGAGGGACGUCGUCGUGCUUCCUAUACGAAAUGUAUUCGAGAGCUAUCCGCAGGCUAUUGCCGUGCUUCAAAAUCACAGAAUUGCCCGACUUCUUCGAUCCGUUUGGAUUCUAUUUCCUCUACGGAAUUCUCCACGAGGGUCCAUCGUCCGGCAAGCUGGUCCAAACACUGUGUAAAUUUGUCCACAACAUGGCCACCAUGGCGGAAGGCUGCAAGGUUAUAGUGACAGAAGUUGGUGGUGGCGACAGCCUGAAGGUUCACAUCCCACAUUGGAAGUUGCUGUCAUGCCCGGAGGAUCUGUGGUGCGUAAAGGCCUUGAAGAAAGAAGAGAGAAGCUCCAUUGACGAAUUGACAAAAACGCCACUAAAAUCAUCAGCUCUCUUUGUAGAUCCAAGAGAGGUAUAAUCAAUCAAUUAGCCGUACAAUUUCAGCCGAAAUUGAAAACCCAACUCUGAUCGAUAGUACUGUUUAAUAUCUCCGUGUAUUAUCUAUCUAGUAUCUACUACACAUCUCGCUGCCGGGGGCUUUGCUACGUUCCUCUCCUCUUGUUCUUUUCACAUCUGUGACACGAUGUAUCUCGAAAGAUUUCCCUAAUUGGGUGCCUCCUUUCUGCCUGCCUGGCUUUGAUGGUUAAGUCCAUCCUUUUUGGUAGCUAGCUUUCGAUUUGGACUAAUCGAGCGGGGGGCAGUGGUCCAGCUUAUUUGUCCCAUCUACUUUAGGAUAGCGAAAUGAACUAUACUUCGGCACGUUUGCCCAUUGUCCCGUCGCUGUAAGCUCGACAAGCCAACGUGCGACCUUAACAGCUUAUGGUCUCCAUGAAGUGAAAGAACAAUAACAUAGCCAAUA